AUGGAUCUCUCUGCGCCCGUGGAUAUCGGGUUUACCAAGGCACUGCCAAAGGUCGAGCUGCAUGCUCAUCUGAGCGGCAGCAUUAGCCGCCAGUGUCUGCAUGAGAUCUGGCAACGCAAGAAAGAGAGGAACCCUUCGUUCUCGGUGGAAGAUCCUUUGGUUCUGAUGCCCCCGGGCAAAGUCGAUUAUACACUGCAAACCUUCUUCUCUGUGUUCUCCAGACUUAUAUAUCUGCUCUGCGAUGACCUCGAGAGUGUUGCAUACGCCACCAACUCCGUCCUGGAAGACUUCCUCCAAGAUGGUGUCCGUUACCUCGAGUUACGCACGAUCCCUCGCGCCUCCCCAGAAUUGCAUAUCUCUCGGGAGGCCUACCUCACAACCGUCCUCGACACCAUCGCCCAAUUUCGUGCCCGAACCGAGCAGAUGUCCGUCUACCUGAUCUUGGCCCUCGACCGUGGCAAGACUACCGCCAUCGAGGCCCAGGAGAUCGUCGACUUAGCCAUCGCCAACCAGCCACGAGGGGUAGUCGGUGUCGAUCUGUGCGGGAACCCGACGCAGGGCGACGUCACGCUAUUCGGCGAUGCAUUUGCCCGCGCCAAAGCUCACGGGCUUGGCCUGACAAUACACUUCGCCGAGACGCCUGCCUCGGGGGCGCCACGGGAGUUAGCGGCAUUAUUGUCGUUCCAGCCUGACCGGCUCGGUCAUGUCAUCCAUGUUCCGGACGAAUUCAAGCGCGAGAUCGCGCGGCGGAAGCUCGGAUUGGAACUGUGCAUGUCAUGUAAUGUCCAUGCGAAGUUGAUUGACGGGGGGUUCCUGGACCACCAUUUUGGGUAUUGGAUGCACGAGGAGUGCCCUAUUGCGCUGUGU